CAUGAAAAGCAGGCGGCAAUCCGGCCCAGCGCUGGCUUGUGUGUUCUCCCGGGCAUCUGUCCAUCUGCCCCAUCCAUCUGCCCAUCGACCCAACUGCCCCAUCCAUCUACCCAGCGCCUGCUCAUCGUCCCGCCAUCGUCGAUCCCCAUCUCUCGUUGCUCGCGUCGGUGCAGGUCAAGGAUCCGGAAUCGAUGGAGGUUCUCUCAACGCAUCUGCCCUCGGCGAUCGGCAGCCACUCUUCGCUCGAAGACAAACCGACAUUCUUCGAACUCGUUGCCAAUGACAAGCUUGCUGAGCUCUUCAAACCGGCCCUGAACUACAUACUCUCAAACUAUGCCCAGCGAUAUCCGCGCUAUCUCAUCCAUCUGGCCAACCGUUUUGACGAGGCAUAUGCCCUGCUGAUGCUCUGGGUCGAGUGGUACUAUCUGACGACGUGGGGUGGAUCGUUUUCGGAAAACUUUUACGGCUUGCGGCGGACAGGCACCCGGUCCGGGGCAGACUCGGCGGAACGUCUCAGCCGACGACAAAAGUGGAUAUCCCUGCUGUCGCUGAUCCUGGUUCCGUAUCUCAAGUCCAAGAUGGACCUCUAUGCCGAAGCAGCGGCGGCCGAGGCCGAGAACCCACGGCCUGGUGUACAGCGGACGAAUGCUCAGACCUGGAAAGCCAAGGUCAAGAAGGCGGCCGUUGCGGUCUAUCCAUAUCUCGGCUCGGGCACUUCCCUGCUGGCAUUCGUGUACCAGAUUCUGUAUCUGUACGGCAAAACCGAGUUUUAUAGUCCGUGGAUGCACCUCGCGGGACUCAAGUACCGGCGUCUGAACGCCAAUGACUAUAAGAACCACGAGUCCCAAACCCGGCCGCCGACCCGAUCGACGACGUCGCUUGGCAUCGCAAGAGCCGCAGUGACGCAGGGGCUGGAUUUCCUCAAGGUGGCUCUGCCAGCGUGCAUUUUGGUCUAUCGGUUCCUUGGAUGGUGGUAUUCUGACGCCAAUCUGGCCCGGCGACAAGACGGCCAGGACGCUGUCAUUCCGCCGCCGCCCGAGCCCAUACCGCGACAUGAUCAGGGAAUCCGGAUGCCGGCCGACCCGAAUAUCUGCGGACUCUGCCUCGACACACGAACCAACCCGUCCAUGCUCUUCACCGGCUACGUCUUUUGCUAUCCGUGCUUGCACCGCUAUGUCGAUGAGUACGGACGGUGCCCGGUGACCUGGGCCAAGGUCGGCGGAGUCGAAGCCAUCCGGAAGGUGUAUUCAAGUGCGUGAUGUGACUGGGCGCAGCACUCGGAACCUGCAAAUCCCAUGCAGAUUGGGCGAACGGGGGGGGUGCUCUUGGAGUGGCCAGAAUCCG